AUGGACUUCCACCUCGUCCCCCGCGGCACCGAUCGCAAUUACACUGGCUUCCUCACGAAGACAAUAGUCUACUCCGCGACCCUGGUGAUAUUCCUCGCUUCAUUCGGCUUAACAUUAGCCUCAAUCGUCAUCCCAAAAUGGGUCAGCUACCAUAGCGAAAAGCCCGCCAACCACUACUCCUACGGUCUCCACCGCCGCUGCUCCUCCCUGACGGAUACCUGCGAGAGCUUCCCGCAACGCGAAGACUGCCACGGUGAAGGGCGGUAUUUCUGCUCAAUGUGGCGCUCGGUCGGCUUCCUCAUGUCCUUCGCCGUCGUCGUGCAGGCCAUAAGUAUAGUCACCUACCUGGUGAUCCUCAGCGGCGGGAAACGGUUGCGCGAGAAUGGGUGGUGGUUCCUUAGUUUGAUGGUUGGUUUGUCUGCGAUUGUGCAGGCGGCAGGCAUGUCGAUCGUGGCAUAUUUAUUCGACAACGAGGACCGAUUCUUCGUCGGCUGGAAACUUGACCAGUCGUGGGUCUUUUGUCUCAUCAGCUGGUGUUUCAGUCUCUUCUGCGCGGGCGCGGUGAUUGUCGCUGGCAAGGUCUUGCCUUCUGAGGGUGGAUAUGAGUUGAUUCCGGAGCAUGAUGAGCUGGACGUCACUUGA